AUGGCAAGUGAAAAUUCUUCCCAAGGACAGAACCUCAGUUUACCACUCAAUCCCAAACCUUUCCUGAACGGAUUAACAGGAAAGCCAGUGAUUGUGGAAUUUAAGUGGGGAAUGGAGUACAAAGGCUGCCUGGUGUCUGUAGGUGGCUAUCUGAACAUGCAGCUUGUAAAUACAGAAGAAUACAUAGGUGGGGCCUUGUCUGGACAUCUGGGUGAAGUUUUAAUAAGGUUCAAUAAUGUCCUUUAUAUCAGAGGUGUUGAAGGAGAGGAAGAGGAUGGGGAAAUGAGAGAAUAG